AGUUACAUUGUGUUGUUUAAGUGUUCCCUUUAUUUUAUUGAGCAGUGUAUAUAUCCAUAUCUACUCUCAUACCGUUUGUUGAUUCUACAUUCUCUACCGAAGCUCUCAUAUGGGCAGCAGUACGAGGCAGCACAGAGAAGCAGCUCUCAUAUGGGCAGCAAGAACAAGGCAGCACAGAGAAGCAGCUCUCAUAUGGGCAGCAGUACGAGGCAGCACAGAGAAGCAGCUCUCAUAUGGGCAGCAAUACGAUGCAGCACAGAGUACGAGGCAGCACAGUACGAGGCAGCACAGAGAAGCAGCUCUCAUAUGGGCAGCAGUACGAGGCAGCACAGAGAAGCAGCUCUCAUAUGGGCAGCAAUACAAGGCAGCACAGAGAAGCAGCUCUCAUAUGGGCAGCAGUACGAGGCAGCACAGAGAAGCAGCUCUCAUAUGGGCAGCAGUACGAGGCAGCACAGAGAAGCAGCUCUCAUAUGGGCAGCAAUACGAGGCAGCACAGAGAAGCAGCUCUCAUAUGGGCAGCAGUACGAGGCAGCACAGAGAAGCAGCUCUCAUAUGGGCAGCAGUACGAGGCAGCACAGAGAAGCAGCUCUCAUAUGGGCAGCAGUACGAGGCAGCACAGAGAAGCAGCUCUCAUAUGGGCAGCAGUACGAGGCAGCACAGAGAAGCAGCUCUCAAAUGGGCAGCAAUACGAGGCAGCACAGAGAAGCAGCUCUCAUAUGGGCAGCAAUACGAGGCAGCACAGAGAAGCAGCUCUCAUAUGGGCAGCAAUACGAGGCAGCACAGAGAAGCAGCUCUCAUAUGGGCAGCAGUACGAGGCAGCACAGAGAAGCAGCUCUCAUAUGGGCAGCAGUACGAGGCAGCACAGAGAAGCAGCUCUCAUAUGGGCAGCAGUACGAGGCAGCACAGAGAAGCAGCUCUCAUAUGGGCGGCAGUACGAGGCAGCACAGAGAAGCAGCUCUCAUAUGGGCGGCAGUACGAGGCAGCACAGAGAAGCAGCUCUCAUAUGGGCAGCAGUACGAGGCAGCACAGAGAAGCAGCUCUCAAAGGGGCAGCAAUACGAGGCAGCACAGAGAAGCAGCUCUCAUAUGGGAAGCAAUACGAGGCAGCACAGAGAAGCAGCUCUCAUAUGGGCAGCAAUACGAGGCAGCACAGAGAAGCAGCUCUCAUAUGGGCAGCAAUACGAGGCAGCACAGUGAAGCAGCUCUCAUAUGGGCAGCAGUACGAGGCAGCACAGAGAAGCAGCUCUCAUAUGGGCAGCAGUACGAGGCAGCACAGAGAAGCAGCUCUCAUAUGGGCAGCAUUACGAGGCAGCACAGAGAAGCAGCUCUCAUAUGGGCAGCAUUACGAGGCAGCACAGAGAAGCAGCUCUUAUAUGGGCAGCAGUACGAGGCAGCACAGAGAAGCAGCUCUCAUAUGGGCAGCAAUACGAGGCAGCACAGAGAAGCAGCUCUCAUAUGGGCAGCAAUACGAGACAGCACAGAGAAGCAGCUCUCAUAUGGGCAGCAAUACGAGGCAGCACAGAGAAGCAGCUCUCAUAUGGGCAGCAAUACGAGGCAGCACAGAGAAGCAGCUCUCAUAUGGGCAGCAGUACGAGGCAGCACAGAGAAGCAGCUCUCAUAUGAGCAGCAGUACGAGGCAGCACAGAGAAGCAGCUCUCAUAUGGGCAGCAGUACGAGGCAGCACAGAGAAGCAGCUCUCAUAUGGGCAGCAGUACGAGGCAGCACAGAGAAGCAGCUCUCAUAUGGGCAGCAGUACGAGGCAGCACAGAGAAGCAGCUCUCAUAUGGGCAGCAGUACGAGGCAGCACAGAGAAGCAGCUCUCAUAUGGGCAGCAAUACGAGGCAGCACAGAGAAGCAGCUCUCAUAUGGGCAGCAGUACGAGGCAGCACAGAGAAGCAGCUCUCAUAUGGGCAGCAAUACGAGGCAGCACAGAGAAGCAGCUCUCAUAUGGGCAGCAAUACGAGGCAGCACAGAGAAGCGGGGGAAAUGUUACGGCGGUAUUUUGACAUGAAUGGGCUAGACGUGCUUUGAUAACGCAACCUAUGGAUUACAGAAUAAAGUUAGGAAUUCUCAUGCAAGACAGGAGUCAGGAUUUUGGGUUUCAGUGGGAUUGGGACUGGAAAGGAAACUAGCCUAUCUCUAGGACUGGAGAUCAUGCCUCUGAAGUGUUAACAGACUUCAUGUCUGUGACAGAGAUGCCUAUGUAAUGAAAAGGCUUAUCAAAUUUGGUACUGUCUGAAGAGUCACAAUGACCGCUCAAAGAGGCACACGUUACUUUAUAGGCUAUACUGUGGGGGUUAUUAACUGCAUGGGGGUUGUCUGUGUCAAUUAUGUGUGAGCUUUGAAUUGAUGGUAUGCUAAAAGGCUUCCCUGCGACAACCUGUUUGGAUUAUGUGCUAUUUUAUUUUUGCUAAUGAGAUUGUUGUGUAUUUUUGUGGAAUUGCAUUAUUGCAACAUUGGGGGAAAAUAUUGUAAUUUCCUAGUUCUUGUCAUAAAAACAUUUCUGGGAAUAUGAAGAGUGUUCCCGGUAUCCCGGUUACCCGUGUUAAUCCCAACUAGGGCCAAAACCCAAUGUUCACAUCUGUUUCGGUUUUGUUUGAGUUUUUUACAUUUUCAACAAUGUAAAAAUCAAUCAGUAUUUUUCGUUUCUGUUGACUGAAUGAGGUCUGAAUUCCCCUGUUCCUCCUCCUGGUAUAUAGCUGCCUAACUCAUAAUGUCUUUCUGUAUUAUAGAAUAAUUGUAGACAGUUACCGACAUAUACUACACAUAUACUACACAUAUAGUUACCCAUAUACUACACAUAUAGUUACCGACAUAUACUACAC